AUGCUGGUAGCGUUUGCUUUUUCGGAAACGUGGAUCGAGUUUUGGGAAUACACCGAUUCGCUGGGCAUUGGCUUCAAUCACGCAUGGAAACAAGUAGUAGUGGGAGCUCAAAUGACAUCGAAGCAGAAGGAGGGCGCCAUCCUUCGGGCUCCAGAAUGCCACCCAGGUUUGGCGAGCAUGAUGAAUCCGAAGACAGCCUUAUCACAAUACGCCGCCGUGAAAACACCUAGGGAUGGCUCAACGACGUCGUGGCUGGUCUGGACCCCUACGGCGUCCCCGUCCUCUGACGUCUCUGUGAUCAUUGCCAAGUGUUCACUCUGCAACACGUCCCGUAUCCCGCCAGAACAUCCGUAUAUAUUUUUUGGGUAUCCCGGGAUGCAGCGUGUUCAGUCCUGGUUGUAUUUGAUAGACCCGUUCCGAUUAAGUGGUUGAUCGUAUGUUCACACACUUCCCUUGUACGUACGUUGGACCUCGUCUCGCAAUGCUUCUAACUGCGCCUCCCAAGUUGUUGCCUGGCCAGGCUGUCAACACACAUUUGGGACGGAUGUUGAAAGAGAACUCGAAUCCUAGUAAUUUAUUUGUUGAUCUCUGUGUGGAUUUUAGCCGGGAAAGCCGUAACUUUUGGGUGCUGCGCAAAUGAACAUUUCUUUUGCCUGAAUUUUGAUACGAUCGAGUAAUUUUUUCCUUCCAUCCUGAUGCCUGACAAAAUCGAGUAUGUAUUCCAUUUAAAUAUAUGUCUUGGAAAAUCCUCUGGAGAUGAAGCUGGUUUCUUCCGAGCAUAAUCUUUCGAGCAGCGCUAAGUGUACGUGCGCUCUCUUAAAAAUCCAGUUUCGUAUCGUACUGCAGAGGCAAACAAGAUUACUGUACUUCCGUGAAUAGACAGCUGCUUUCUCGCACUUCACGUACUCAGCUUAAUCUUUUCAUCGUGCCCUAGAAGUUGAUGAGGCAAAGGGCUAGGGAAAUUUUGACUUGCGUACCGCGUCGCCUUUGUUUCUUCUUAUCUUUGAUUCAAAGUACAAGGAUUUGUGUGUUUUGCCGGCUGUAGGGAUGCUUUUUCUGAAAGUUGUUUGAAAUUAAUUUAUUGAGUUUGAUCACCAAGUUUAAAAGCUCAUACAGUACCUUGUUGAAAUAUUUCGAUCAGUGUAUGACGCGCAUUCCAGUUGAUCUACGGGAUCGUGUAACUGAAAAUUUCCAUGCUGCUUGUGGUCGUUGCCGCCCACCGGAGUAUUAGCCAGUAGUCUGGCAUACUUGAGUCAAGUCUUAAAUGUGAGUUUUUGAUGCGUGACCGGUGUGGUACCUGCUACUGGGACAGAUAGUUUUUGAAACCCAAUGGCAGUAUGAUUUGUUCAUUUGUGAAGACAUGAAGGAAAUGCAGUAUAACCACUUGGCUAGGAUGAAACUUCCUUCA